AUGCGCAUCAAAGCCGCCCUUGCGCAGGCAGCCGCCUUGGUCCACGUCGGCCUCGCGUGGGACCACCACCCUCAAUGCCGAGGGAUUCUGCAGGCCAUCCAAAGCGGGGUGGCCGGCUGCACCGGGAGCGACUCCGUACCCAGCAUGGAGGUUGCGCCCUCGGCUGCCUGCGACGUGGGCUCCAUCAACUCAAUCCUCAGGAAUGGGGACCAAUUCUGCCAUCAAUGCGCCCAUGUGAUGGUCUACGUCAAACCAGCAGAGUAUGAGUGGGAGAUGGGCAGGCUUUUCUACAACAGCCCGCCGUACGCGGGUGCUUGGGAGAGCCUGGAGACGCUGGGCAACGCGUUUGACAAGCUGUGCUUUGCGGCUAAAGACGGAGUCUGCAUGGGCUGCGGCUAUUCCUGA